GCUACCACAGCACCUCUCCUACUCGUAAACAACCUCAGCUUCGCUAAAAAUGCUACCUUCGAUGGCGAACAUGCCCAGACUGUCGCCCACAAAGCAGAGCUCUGUGCCACCUUCCCCCACCCAGCUCACAGCCUCCUGCGGCACGGCAAGGACGGCAGCCGCUGAAGUCCCAUCGGAACUCAACGAGAGGAUCUCGCUCCGCCUUAAGUCUGCUGCCAGCAACGCGUCCCGGCCACCGUCUCACCUUUAGGCAGGAAGGCGGCAGCGCCCCUCGUCUCCGGUUGCCGUUCGUCCCGCUUCGGACGGUUUGCACGGAGAGCACUUCGGCUGCCAACUGCUUCACCGGCUCCUCUCUGCUCGCGCUUUGGUUCCGGAAACUGCCUGUGACCAGGGCUGAGAGAGACUUCUUCUGAUACUUGUACUUAUUGAGUCUGUGGAAAGAGGUGAAGGUGUUUCUUGUGACUUGGAUCCACUUCCUCCAGAGCUCUGUCUUUGAAGAAAGGUUUGUGCAGCUUGGUGGGAGAGAUGAUCUUGUAAAUUCCAGCUUUCAUGUGACAAGAAGUGGAGAAAGAAGAGUAAAUGAGGUACCUCAGCCUUGAAGGGAUCCUUUUCAUUUAGAAUCCGUGUCUUCUCUUAAGUAAUUGAUCACCGUGCACCCGGGGACACCCAAUUCACAGCCGAGCGGGAUCAGCCUUCAUGAAUAAUCAAACCGCCGCCGCCGCGCUGCUGCAGGAGUGCAAGCGAGCUCUGGACACUCUCCUGGCGGCACAGCCUGGCACGGCCGAGGAAGAUCAGCAACAAUAUUGGCAAUGCCAAGCUUUGCUUCCUGAGGACUUGAAGACUCUUCUGGAGGAGGCAAAGGAAAUGAAGUGGCCCUUUGUGCCAGAGAAGUGGCAAUACAAACAACACCUUGGCCCAGAAGACAAAACAAACCUGCAAGAUAUGAUCAGUUCGAGGCUUCCCGAUCUGCUGGUUUAUUUGAAGGCCUCCAUCAUGGUCAAGGACUGUGGAACAGCAACAGCUAUUGUGUUCCUGAUUGACCGCUUCCUGUAUUGGAUCGAUGCCUCCAGAGAACUUCUCCAGAUCACCAAGGGGCUGCACAGGCUGCAGCCCAGCACACCCAUCAGCCCUCAGGUGCUCAUCCGUCAGGCUCGCCUCUCUGUCAACACAGGUAAACUUCUGAAAGCUGAAUAUAUCCUGAGCAGCCUUAUUAGUGACAAUGGAGCAACAGGUACCUGGAGAUAUGCCAAGGACAGUGACAGGAUUCUCGUUCAGUCAGUCUGCUUACAAAUCAGGGGACAGAUUCUGCAAAAGCUUGGCAUGUGGUACGAGGCAGCAGAGUUGAUUUGGGCUUCAAUUGUGGGAUAUUUCAAACUUCCUCAGCCAGAUAAAAAGGGAAUUGCUACUUCCUUGGGUAUUCUGGCAGAUGUCUUUGCUUCCAUGAAUGAGAAGGAUUAUGUACGUUUUAAAUCCAAUGCUGAGAUUGACCUGAGCCUUUUCCAAGAGUUCAGCCAUCGCUUACUGGCAGCUGCUGAGGCCUGUAAACUAGCAGCAACCUACAGCCAGUAUACCCCACUGUUUGUUCUCACAGCUGUGAACAUCCGUGGAGUGUGUUUGCUGUCCUACAGUCACUCCAAAGACUGUCCCCUAGAAAAGAAGAAGUUCUACUUGUCUGAAGCCAAAGAAUCUUUUGAGAUUGGCCUGCUCACCAAGAAUGAGAAGAGCCACAUCACCAGCAAGCAGGAGCUCCACAGUUUUAUUAAAGCUGCUUUCUGCCUCACAUCCGUGCAUCGAUGGCUCUAUGGGGAGAGCGAGGAGCUCUGUGAGGUGAGCCAGCUAUGCAGAAAAGCCAUGGGAAAGCUGCAUUCCUACAGCACUUCACUGACAGCAGAGGAAGAGAAAGGAACUCUUGCCAAAGAGAUCAUGUGUCUGAUCACAUCUGUGAAGAAACGCCUUCAAGUGGAAAGCUUCCUUAAUUCUGAUGCCAGGUCUUAUGUUCCAGAUAGUUAUAAAGGCACAGUGGAAAAACCCAUCCUGCAAGGGGCAGCCAGCUUUGAGAAGAUCCUUGCCAUGCAUUCUCAGCAUCACCUGUCAGUGUGUGAAGUGUUUGAAAAGGCUUGCAGGACUCAUAAAACUGUGCCAGGAGAGACCCAGGUGGGCAUUUGUAUCACAACCUUAAGAACAGAAACCAACAACAUAGACACUGUGUGUACUGCUGAAGAAACAGGGAACCAUAGGAAAGGGGCUGUGAAAAUGUCACCAGCAGGAAGUACCUUGGAGAGACUCAGUGGCCAGAGAAAUAAAUACCUUGGUCCUGACAAAGAGAUUGAACCAUUAGAAAUCAAAAUAAAUGCUGUAACCCCUGGUUUUAGCAGAUUGCAAAACAGGAGCCAAACCACAACUUCAGAGAGCUCUUGGUGCAAGCUGUCAAAAUCAGGUUAUUCUUCCAGCUGGGAGGAACUGAACUGUAACAACAGCAAAGAGUACCCUGGAGAUGGGCAGCAACAGGAAACGAGCUCAGUGCAAGAGCAAUGUUGCACAACAGAAUCUGAUGAAAAUGAUCAAGCUGCCUACUCAUGCUCACUGACUCGCCGAGUCCAGCAUCCUUCUCCUCGAGAGCCUUUAGGUAGCUGUUGGGAAUCUCCUCAACCUUCCUUAGAGGUAGACACAGCUCUGGUAGAGAAGACAUCUCGUUGUGGAGAAGAGCUGUGGGAAGGAAGACACAGUGGAAAUAGCUGUACAGGAAAGAGAUCAGGAGAGGUGAACAACAUGCUUCUGUCCCUUUCCACCUCUUACUUCGUGCCUACCAGGCCAGAGGAGAAGGAGGAAGAGGAGGUGGAGUCCUCCUCAGUCUGCAGGACCAAGGACAGCGGCAGAGAGGGUGGUGGCGGUGCCUUCGUGUGGGUUCACCCAGAUGGGGGAACCGCAGACAGCACAGAGUAUACCCAGUCUGAGGCACAUCUCCCCAUAAAUGGAGUUGCUUCUGCAGUAUCAACACGCAUGGAGGAGAAAAUGGUCAGUGACUCCUCAGGGAGUGACUGGCUGAGGAAAUCUGACGUGGUGGGAAACAGAUCUCUCCAGGUUCCUGAAGUUGAUGCCCAAGCAGAAACAGUAGAUGACAAUGAAUCUGAUUUUGUCAAUGUUGAAGAUUUAGUUAACAAUCAUCCUACUGCAUCAGUUCCAAAGCAUCAAUCAAUUCCCAGUGCACCAACAGCAUUGCCCUUGGGGGGAAAGAUAUCCCUAACCAAGAACUUUGACUGUGCCACUACUGAAGAAGAUGAGGAAAAGCCUCAGGACAUGUUGAGCAUCAAGAGACAAUCCAGUUCAUCUCUGAGUUCGUGGUGCAAAUCAGCACAGAUGCCCAAGAGGUCUCCAGAAGGUUCAUCUCUGAACACCAGGGGAAGUGGUUUCGUCUUUGUGCCUGGGAGGACGAAGGAAGAAAUCCUUAAUGCUCGAUUUCUGAGGGACGAUGACUACAUGCAGCUUCUGUCAGGAGUAGAGCAUAAUUGGCUUGUCCAGAGACUGAUGCCUACUGGAAUUUUUAAGCCCAAACAGCUUCAUAAAGCAUACUCUGCUCUGCUUUUAAAAUACUCCAAGAAAUCAGGCCUCUGGACAGGCCAGGAAACAGCUGUAUUCAUUGGGGACUACCUGAACGUGGCAAAGGAAGGCAAACAGAGAAAUGCAUUUUGGAUAUACUUCCUGCAUCAGGAAGAAAGCCUAGGAAGGUAUGUUGGUAAAGAAUACAAAGAGGAGAAAGGGCUUCUUCACCAUUUCAGUGACGUGGAACGGCAAAUGACUGCCCAGUACUACGUGACAGAAUUCAACAAGAGGUUGUAUGAGCAGAAGGUCCCAACCCAAAUCUUUUAUAUCCCAUCUGCUGUACUCCUGAUACUGGAAGACAGAACUAUUAAAGGAUGUGUGAGUGUGGAGCCCUAUAUCCUUGGGGAGUUUGUGAAGCUGUCCAAUAACACAAAGGUAGUCAAGAAUGAAUACAAAGCCACAGAGUAUGGCCUGGCCUAUGGCCAUUUCUCCUAUGAGUUCUCCAAUGGGACAGAUGUUGUUGUUGAUCUGCAAGGUUGGGUGACAGGUAAUGGAAAAGGCCUCAUCUACCUCACAGACCCCCAGAUUCAUUCUCUGAACAGCAAAGAUGUUUCACGUUCCAACUUUGGGAAGAAGGGAAUCUAUUACUUCUUUCACAAUCAACACAUACAGUGCAAUGAAAUCUGUCACCGCCUUUCCUUAACAAGACCCUCAGCAGAGCUCACACAAGACAGUCACACAAAGAAUGAGCCAUGAGCUGGGCACCCUCCACACCUGUAGGAGCACGUUUUCUUUGUGAGAGCAGAGCCACUGAGAUGAUCAAGUUGAGUCAGCCAUAACAUGCAGGAGUUUGACAAGUUCUGGUCUUCGUGUCCAGGCUGGUAAUACCAUGUUGCCAACUUGUUUACUAUUUGAACCUUGUGUUGUUACAACCAUCUGUAGGAAUUAACAGAAGAGCACUGGAAGAGUAGGAAAAGCUUCCUAAAUUCAGCUAGAGAUGCACUACAAGGCUGUGUAAACUUCUCAUCCAGUCAGACCCAGGGAGGGCACCAGGCACCAUCUGCUCUUUGGAAAUGGAAUAUGAAAGAGUGAGGCAGAAGCAGAGAGUUGAAUUUCAACCAUCUGUAACAUCUUCAGAAUCUUAUGUGAAUGCUUCAGGGGAUGAAUGGUGAUGUUUUGGAUGACCUAAAAAGCUACACAGUUUCAUUCAGAGGGGUCUGUGUGUCUAUGUGCAUACGUGACCACAAAACAUCUUAAACAGAUAGAAAUAGUUUUCAUUGGAACAGGCAAGAAAUCUCUGCUGCUAUGAGAGAUAAAAAUAAUCUGCAAGCCAAGAGGUGCUUUGCAUGAAUAAUUUAGGAUUGCUGCAUUUAACAAACUCUCAGAAGACUUUCCCAAGAGAAGAACAGAUCUUGCUUGAGGACAGCAGCCCUCUUCAGCCUGUGAUGAAACUCUGAGCACUGCAGAUUCGGUGACCAGCUCUGUAACUUAUUUCUACAGACAGUCUCACUGGACAUGAGCACAGCUGCUUUUCCAAAGCAGCAGCUUUCAUAAGCACAGGGUAAGCAGUCUCCUCCCACCCCACUGCACCUCAAUUUGUACCAACACAGCAGGGGUGGAGGGAGGGUUGAGGACAAUUCUACCUGUGCGUGGAACAGGCUUUGCUGUCGCAUAUUCAAACAGCUGCGACUUAGUCUUUGAACUCAUGCAUUUUAGCAGCCUUUUGUUGUGAUUUGUAGUUGUUACCGAGCAUGCUCAGAGAGCCCCUGAUUUUUCACACCAGAUCUGAACAGCCCGUAGCAUGUCUGCUGGCCACAUGCUUCAGUUGUGCCUGCCUGGGUUAGAGGCAGCUGCAGCCUUUUACUUUUUUAAUGAAACAACCUUUUGUGGUCUUCUGCUA